CAGCAUCGUUCUCUUUCGAGCAUUCAACGCCGGUCCAAGAGAAAAGGAUGGGAGACGUGCCCUUUGCCUUCCUCAAGAAGCUCCGGAUUCGAAACCAAAUCGUCCGCGAAUUCUUAGCGGAGUUCCUGGGAACCUUCAUCCUCAUCAUUUUCGGUGAUGCAGCAUUUGCACAAACAGUCUUGGAAGGUCGGAGGGUGGAUGACGUUUUUGCUGUUGUCUGGGCAUGGGGAGUGGCGGUCAUGCUGGGCGUGGCAACGUGCGGAGGCAUCAGUGGGGGCCACAUAAACCCUGCAGUGACAGUAGCCUUCGCAACUCUAGGGAAAUUUCCAUGGAAGAAGGUGGGACAUUACCUGCUGGCUCAACAUUUAGGAGCAUUCGUCGCUUCUGCUGUGCUGUACUUCACAUACAUUGAUGCCAUCAACCAUUUUGACCCUAAUCGCACCAUCACAGGCGAAACAGCCACCGCCUAUAUCUGGGCUACGUAUCCCAAGCCUUACGUCUCCAUCGCCAACUGCUUUCUCGACCAGGUCGUCGGUACUGGCCUACUGAUGUUCACCGCCUUAGCCUGCAUAGACCAGAAAAACUUGGACAUCCCCAAAUGGAUGCAUCCCAUUGUGCUUGGCUUCAUGAUCUCGGCCUUGGCCAUGUGCUUCGGAGCUAACUGCAUGGCACCCCUCAAUCCAGCCAGAGACUUUGCCACGAGAUGCUUUACGGCCGUCGCUGGAUACGGAAGCGAAGUGUUCAGCUACCGAAAUUACUGGUGGAUAUGACUGGUGGGGCCACACGUGGGUGCCAUCGUCGGUGGCUGGAUCUAUUUCUUAGGCAUUGAGCUACACUGGCCAGAUUCUAGAGAUGACCUGAACAGGACGGGAGAGAGGCAUGAACUGACUGUCGCGCUGAACAGUAGCAACGAUCGGAAAUCAGCCAUCUAAUGAUGAGAUACUUUCAAGGGAAGAAUCAUCAACAUUCAAAAAGCAUGCCACGACAUUAUGGAGACAUGAACUAUUGAUAAAAGAAAACACAAACUGCUUUCAUUUACUAUUGAUUAGAGUAGUAUUUAUAUCUAAAAUGGAAUCUCAGUUUUAAAAAUGAGUGAGGUUAUGAUUCUCAUGUUCGUUUUUUUAAACAUUCAUGAAGGGCCGGCCAUGUUAUGAUGCAUAGCCCAAACCUAAUUCAAAUGGUUUAAUAAAUUUUAACAAGAAAUCUUUUGAAUGUGGUUUGUACGACGAUAUGUCGACUAUUCUGUGCCUCGUAUACCGUGGUUAUUUGUCGCAAUUUAAUGGCCUUAACUAAACAUGGCGCUCUCAAAACUCCCGGCGAGAGGAAGUCAUUCGUUAAAAGGAGCAGGCAUCAUUCUUUUGUAAUUUAAUUCAAAAGCUUGUUGGGUUAUAAGCAAUUGAUUUUUACCGUAGAAUAUGGUGUGGUCUCUAACACGACUUUGAAUGCACAAGUCUGAAGAAAAAUAAGAUCAAAUUUUAUUUUUUAACGAAAGAUUAAAAGCGGUAUUUAUAUUCAAAAUGAUCACUACUUCAUAAUGAAAUAAAUUCUCUGAAGUUAGCCCAUUUACCCCAAAGCAUGGUUCGUAGCCUUAUAUAGAAACUGUUGUUGACAUGGACGGAGUUAGAAUUUUACUCGGGCUAAGCUCCUUUUCACUUGAUUUUAUAUCUGAACUGCUUCAUCUGAUAUUGAAAAUUUUUGACCCAAAAGUUGACACGUUAAAAGAACUACUACAUUUUUUCAGCAGGGAAUUGAGAAAAUGAAACUAAACCAGAAAAAAAAAUUAUUAUUUCAACUUUCUACAUAAAUUUAUUGAAUUGCAAAAACUUAAGGCUGCACAAUAUCAUAAUUAUUAAUAAAACGGAAAAAAUCAAACUGCAGAAAUAUUUUAAGGAGUCUUUUCCAAGUAAUUUGAGGGAUUAAUGCUGAUAAAAUAUUUAAGGAGGCUUAGGGCCCUCCCCCCCCCCCCAAGCAUUUCCAUAAAACUACCCACGCUGUCAUCCGAACGAUCAUUUCGAAUUAUUGUCUUUUCAUGCCGUGUAUCAUCAGAGGCAAUAUUUUUUCCAAAAAUCUUUAAACAGAAUGCUGACAGAACUAUUUUAUGAUCUAGUUUACGAAUGGAUGUGAAUGCAAAAGUUAUUUACAUAUUUUAAUACCAGUAUCACAAAUAUAUGCCAUACAAUUUUGCUCGGAAGUUCUAAUAUAGCUGUAAUAAGUUAUUUUAUAAAUAUUGAUUAUAGUUUGUACAUUUUCUUUAUGGUCUGUAAACCAUUUGACAUGUAAAAGAAACGUUUGACAGUUUUGCUAAACUCAGUUGUAAUAAGAUGAAAUACACAUUUGUUUUCA